CUUCUUUGCUUGAGCAGUGAGCAGCAGCAACCAAAUCCUACUAUUUAAGGCUGGUUCCACAUGAUUGGGAUCACCAAAUAGAUUUCCAUCCAGCCAGUGCGUGAGAUGUGAGCAGUGGCAGUGAACAGCGGCACGCCGGCGCCGUAGCAGUCCAAAAUCUUUCCCUCCCCUGCGGCAAAUUUCUGGAAAUCUCUUCAAUUUUUGUGAAAGUGAAAUCGAGAUUUCAAACGAUUUUACGAAAAAAUCGCCCUUUUACGUUUUUAUCAUCCGAUUUUAUGAAAAUCCGAUUUUAAAGUCGAUUUUACUCAGCAUCCAUACCUAACAUCGUAAAAUCUUAAGAUUUUACGAUAUAAAACGCGAUUUUGACAACACUGGUUAGGACUCCACAUUCGGCCGUAUAAAGUGCAGUGCUUCUCUCCACUGUGCACCACUAUUAUCAUCUCCAUCUCCUAUCUCUUCUAGCAAAAUUUUUGUUUCCUCUCAUGGAAAAACCAAGUUUAUUCCUCUUCUUCCCUUUGCUUAUCUUCUCCAUAUUCUCAGGUCGUCAGCAGUGCGUCCGGGGUUGGACAGGAAACAGGCACCAGCCAACAGGCCGUUCAGUUUCUGUUUUCAAACCCAACAAGCUCUUCGUGUUCGGCGACUCGUAUGCCGAUACAGGGAACGACAACAAAUCUCUGGUGAAUUCCUGGAGUGUACCAUAUGGAAUCACAUUUCCCGGUAAACCGUCUGGUCGGUUCUCCGACGGCCGUGUAUCUACCGAUUUCAUAGGUACCCCUCUGUUUCACUUUCUCGGUGAUGAUAUGAGAUUUGAUGGAGUUGAGUUGCCUCUAUGCAACAUCUCUGUGAUUGUGGUUUGAAAUAAAAAAGAAAUAAAAAAUAAUAAAAUUAUGUUAUUAUCUCAUCUCCCUCUCAAUCCAUCUUCUUCCUCGCUUUGCUCUAGUUGAGAUUGAAUCCAACAUAAUUUGGGUUUUAUGUCAUUGAACCCACUUGCUGGGUUACAUUAAAGCCACUUGCUUGGUUUCAUGAAUCUAUCAGAUCUCAUCAAAUUAAAUUAACCCCUCAAUAAACAAUGUCAAUUAAA